CUCCAAAUAUAUGUACCUCCUCGUUCUUCUUCUGGUUGUUUUCCUUCAAGAGAAUGUGCAUGUGAAGGGGGGCGGCCAGAGUAUAAUCCCAAGCACGUGCUCAGAAGAGGGAGAUUCGUCGUUGCAGGGUUUCGGCCCAUGCACUGGCGGGUGCAAAAAUAUAAUGGCGGCGCACUCUUACAAAAAUAUGUGCCUACUGUUUCUUGUCUUUGUUUCCGUUUCAGAAAGAUCAAGUGUGGGGCAACAACUCCCAAAUUGCCCCUAUGGUUUCACCAGCCCCAUAGUUGAAGGGGAUGCAACUUCGUGCGGAAACGACAUGAACAAAAUGGAUAACAGCAACUGCAACACCACGUGCCACAAGAAAUACAAUGAAUCUUUCUGGGGAGGGUGUAAUUACGCUACCAGUACUGGCCCAGUCUGUGGCUGCCAGUUUAUUUACAAUUGCAACGCCUCCACCGCCGGCAUCCCCAUCGCCGCCGGAGCUGUGCCGACGACCCAUCCGGUGGCGGGCGCCACAAGCCCUAUAAUAAUAGUAUCCCUACUUCUCAUGACAUACAUAUGGAUAUGUAUUGUUGUUGCAUGAUUAUUUCUAUGUGCGACACACAUGAUAAUUAAUAAUCAUUUGUGCAAAACAUGGGUGCACCGUUGACCGCAACGGACACCUUAACAUUUCCUAUUUAAUAUGUUGAGAUAUCAUUAUAAACGUCCUUUGCACUAUAUAUUGUUGUCCUUAAAUUAAUUUGUAUCCGGUACGUCAUUGUUUUUGUCUUCUUUCUCUUACUACAAAAAAUGCACUUUAAUUCC